AUGAUUCCCGUGAAUGCGGAAAAGAUUGCCUUUAGAACUCCUAACUAUAGUGAAAUAUACGAUCAAUCAACAUUUAUCGAAUUUGAAGUGAAAGAUUUUUCGAUGCAGACUAGGCUAGGUCCACUAGUUAUCGAAGAUCCACCUCAAGAUAUUUCAGUCUUCCUGCGAUCUUUCUUAGAAGAAGAAACUCUAAGAGUUACUCGUUUCGGUUCGAUUUUCCGGUUUUGUGGUUUCGGUUCGGUUCAGUUCGGUUUUGCGGUUUUUGCUUAUAAUCCGGGACAAUCAGUGACUCCAUAUAAGCUGGAAAAAAAGAUGUACCCACUAGUUUAUGCAGCACAGAUAGUAAAUCCUGAUGUGUCAAAAGAUAUCUCAGGGCAAUGUUUACCUGGCUCACUUUCGCCCAAGGCAGCAAAGGGGAAGAUUGUAUUAUGUUUAAGAGGAAAUGGAACAAGAGAGGGAAAAGGUUGGGAAGUGAAAAGGGCUGGAGGGAUUGGUUUCAUCCUGGGAAAUAGUAAAGCAAAUGGAGCUGAAAUAGUAGCUAGUGCUCAUUUUCUUCCAGCCGCUGCUGUCAAUUAUGAGUAUGCUCUCAAAAUUCUCCACUACAUCAAUUCUACGAAAACACCAAUGGCCUAUAUAGCACCUGCUACGACAGAGUUAGAUAGUAAACCAGCACCAUUCAUGGCUUUCUUCACUAGUAGAGGUCCGAGCAGGAUUUCACCCCACAUUCUCAAGCCGGAUAUUACGGCUCCAGGACUAAAUAUAUUGGCUGCAUGGAGUGAAGCCUCAUCUCCAACGAAACUAAACCAAGAUCAUCGAGUGGUGAAAUAUAAUAUCCUAUCAGGAACUUCUAUGUCCUGCCCACAUAUAGGUGCAACAUCGGCACUUCUGAAGGCCAUACACCCAAGUUGGAGUAGUGCUGCUAUAAGAUCUGCUCUAAUGACCUCAGCGGAACUGAUUAACAAUCUUGGCAAGCCAAUAACUGACGCAUCCGGCAAGCCAGCAGAUCCUUUCCAAUACGGAUCAGGUCAUUUCAAGCCAAUGAAAGCAGCGGAUCCUGGACUCGUGUAUGAUGCUUCAUACACCGACUAUCUUCUUUUCCUCUGCAGCAUUGGUGUUAAGAAACUUGAUUCUUCCUUCAAAUGUCCUAUAAAGUCACCCUCUCCUAGUAAUCUCAAUUAUCCGUCCCUCGCCAUUCCCAAAUUGGAUCUGGAAAAACCUAGGGCUCAAAUCAUUGUACCCGUCUGUUCAAAAGUUCCAGAGAAGAGAAUGAAGAACACAAAGGAAAACCAAACAACUCAGAGAGAAUCCAAAGGGUUCUACCAAACUCAAGAAUGA